GCCCGUGUAGAGAAGCAGCCCAAGCAGCAGGAGAGGGGAACGCUCUGGGAUGGGACUUGGAGGAGGAAGGGAAGGAGGAGACAGCGGCGGCGCGGCGGCAGUGGCACGGAUUUCUGGUCUCCAGCGUUCCCAGGAGAGGAGCCGCCUGCUUUUUUGGAAACGAAGGAGAGCGAGGAAGACGUGGCCGCGCCUUGCCUCUCCUUCGGCUCCCUGUCUACACGGGCUGCUAGAGCAGCAGCGGAGAAGGAGGCAGAGGAGGCUGCAGGCUGGCCUUGGUGGUUGUCCAUUUGACUCUUCUUGAAAUGGAGAAAAUGGUACUGGGCUGCUGUCUGUUGUUCUUUGGACAAAUCCUACUUUUCACUGCUGAGGCCAGGGAGAGGAACCUCCCAUGGCCAUUGUCAAGAGGCAGAAAUGCUCUGGCCCAUCCCCAGACUGCUUUACUUGAAAGUUCAUGUGAAAACAAGCAAGCAGACCUUGUCUUCAUCAUUGACAGUUCCCGCAGUGUGAGCCCCUAUGAUUUUGCAAAGGUGAAGGAAUUCAUUGUGACCAUCUUGCAGUUCCUGGACAUUGGCCCCGAUGUCACCAGGGUGGGCCUGAUCCAGUAUGGCAGCACCGUCAAGAAUGAAUUCUCACUAAAGACUUUCAAGAGAAAAUCUGAGGUGGAGAGAGCCAUCAAGAGAAUGAUGCAUUUGGCCACCGGCACCAUGACUGGGCUGGCCAUCCAGUAUGCAGUGAACAUCGCCUUCUCUGAAGCUGAGGGGGCUCGGCCUCUUAGAGAAAAUGUGCCCCGUAUUAUUAUGAUUGUGACGGAUGGGAGACCACAGGACCCAGUGGCUGAGGUGGCAGCAAAGGCAAGGAAUUCAGGCAUCUUGAUUUUUGCCAUUGGUGUGGGUCAGGUGGACCACAAUACUCUGAAGUCCAUUGGGAGUGAGCCUCAUGAAGACCACAUUUUCCUAGUGGCCAACUUCAGCCAGAUUGAAACUCUGACUUCAGUGUUCCAGAAUAAACUAUGUGUGGCCCACAUGUGCAAUAUUAUGGAGCAUAACUGUGCCCACUUCUGUAUCAACACCCCUGGCUCAUACCUUUGCAGAUGCAAACAAGGAUAUAUUCUGAACACAGAUCAGAGAACGUGUAGAAUUCAGGAUCUGUGUGAAAUGCAGGACCAUGCCUGUGAGCAGAUAUGUGUGAACGUUCCCGGAUCCUACGUGUGCCAAUGCUAUAAUGGUUACAACCUUGCUGAAGAUGGGAAGAAAUGUGUCAUUGUGGAUUACUGUGCCUCAGAAAGCCAUGGCUGUGAACAUGAGUGUGUAAAUGCUGAUAAUUCCUAUUUCUGCAGAUGCCAUAAAGGAUUUGCUCUUAACCCAGAUAAAAGAACAUGCAAUAAGUUGGACUAUUGUGCUUCCCUUAACCAUGGUUGCCAGCAUGAAUGUGUUAAUACAGAGGAUUCUUAUUCCUGUCGGUGCCUGAAAGGAUUUAACCUGAACCCAGAUAAGAAAACGUGCAGGAGAAUCAACUACUGUGCACAGGGUAAACAUGGCUGUGAGCAUGAGUGUGCAAAUGCAGAAGAAGGCUACUACUGCCGAUGUCGUCCUGGGUACACCCUAAACCCCAAUGGGAAGACUUGCAGAAGAGUGGAUCACUGCGCAGAGAACAACCAUGGCUGUGAGCAGCUGUGCCUAAAUACAGAUGACUCAUAUGUGUGUCAGUGUUCAGAAGGCUUCGUCAUUAAUGAGGACCUCAAAACCUGUACAAGGGUGGAUUAUUGCUUGUUGAGUGAUCAUGGUUGUGAACAUUCCUGCAUAAAUACUGACAAAUCCUUCACUUGUCAGUGCUCUGAGGGGUAUGUACUCAGGAGUGAUAGAAGAACCUGCAAAAGACUGGACUCCUGCGCUCUGGGAGACCAUGAUUGUGAACACACGUGUAUAAGCCUUGAGGACUCCUACAAGUGCCGCUGCUAUGAAGGUUACGUUCUCCGAGAAGAUGGGAAAACCUGCAGAAUAUUGGACCCGUGUGCUCUGGGAAACCAUGGCUGUGAGCAUUCCUGUGUGAACAGAGGAGAAUCUUACAUGUGCCUCUGUUUUGAAGGUUAUACACUUCUGGAGGAUGGGAAAACCUGCAAAAGGGUGGAUGUCUGCAAAUCCACCAACCACGGCUGUGAACACACUUGUGUUAAUGAUGGCAAUUCCUACAUCUGCAAAUGCUCAGAGGGAUUUGUUCUGGCAGAAGAUGGGAAACGGUGCAGAAAAUGCACCGAAGGCCCCAUUGACCUGGUAUUUGUGAUUGACGGAUCCAAAAGUCUCGGAGAGGAAAACUUUGAGAUCGUGAAGCAUUUUGUCACAGGCAUCUUAGAUUCCCUUGAGAUCUCCCCCAAAGCAGCUCGAGUGGGGCUGCUGCAGUAUUCAACCCAGGUCCGCACAGAAUUCACCCUGAGGGACUUCCACACUGCCAGAGACAUGAAAAAGGCUGUGGCCCACAUGAAAUACAUGGGCAAAGGCUCCAUGACUGGCUUGGCCCUGAAGCAGAUGUUUGAGAGAAGUUUUACAGAAGGAGAAGGAGCCCGGCCACCUUCAGCAAGAGUGCCCAGAGUAGCCAUUGUGUUCACGGAUGGACGGGCCCAAGACGAUGUCUCUGAAUGGGCGAACAGAGCCCAGCAGAAUGGAAUAACCAUCUAUGCUGUUGGAGUAGGAAAAGCCAUUGAAGAAGAAUUGCAGGAGAUUGCAUCUGAUCCCCCUGAUAGACAUCUCUUCUAUGCAGAAGACUUCAGCACAAUGGGAGAAAUAAGUGAAAAACUCAAGAAAGGAAUCUGUGAAGCUCUAGAAGACUCAAAUGGGAACCAGGACUCCCCAGCUGGUGAUCUUCCUAAGAUGGCCCAACAGCCCCCAGUUCAACACAGAUAUCUCUUUGAAGAUGAUAACCUUUCCCAGUCGACACUGAGGCUUUUCCAUUCAACCAAAACAAAAGGAAGCCCUUCAGAAGAAAAGCAUGAUCGAUGCAAAUGUGAAAACCUCCUUACAUUCCAGAAUUUUGCAAACCAAGAGGUGAGAAAACUCACAGAGAGAUUGGAAGAAAUGACAAGAAGAAUGGAGGCACUGGAAAAUCGCCUGAGAUACAGAUGAAGAUCUGAACUUGUCUAUGUGUUUAUAUGCAGAAUUAUCAUUCCAGACAGAAUUAUGGUGAGAGCAGGUCAGAGUCAUGGGGCUCCAGGUGCUAAAUCUGUAUGUAACAUUAUUGAAUCCCCAGACAUUUCUGGGGUAGAGAUUCAGUGUUAGAUUCCAUGUGGAACCAAGGCAAAAGCACACUAACUUGUAAAAAAUACAUUUAGAAAACAACCGUACUGAAUUCCAAGUAGAAUGCAACCAAGUGAGAAGAAAGAAGCUACCCGGCAAAUAAUAGUCUUGGAAAAUAUAUUUGUGGGCAUUUAAAAAUGUAUUUUGGUCCUAUAUGGUGCACAUCAUUCAUUUCACUACUUUUCCCUCCCUUAUAAAGUGAGUGUUGCCAAUGUUUCAUUUGACUGCAAAAUAAACCAUUUGUUAACUAUGAUUUUUUUUACUAUGAUUGGACAUUUCCAUCAGAAAAAUAUAAACAGUAUGGUAUUUUUUUUUGUAUUGGACUUUAACUUGAUAUAUAUAUAUGGAUAUAUGCAGGUCUCUUUGCUGAAUCGUAAGACAUAUGCAUUGUAUUAUAAAUUAGGAAUUUUAUAUUCAAAUAAAAUUGAGGAAAGUU